GUUUCAGUCCAACCUAGUAUAUAAAGCUAUCGAACUUUACUAAAUUCACAUUCAGCCUGAGACACCCAAAGUCUGCGGAUCACCACAGUUUAGAAAAAUGUACGCAUACAACUUACCAAGUAUCGUGGCCUGCAUCUUUGGUGUCCUCUUGUUCAACGGACAAGUUAGUCAGCAGUUUGCUGUAGAUGUAAUACCUCAGCAAGGAUCAGGUGUAGUCCACGCAGACUCACAUUCAGCCGUAGGAGAGAAGGCAGUGACACCAACAGCCUGUGAAGGUAGUAUCGGAAAUAACAAAUGCAUCAAAAUUAAAGAUAAAUGCACAUGCUACGUAAAUCAGCAGUUACCUUGGCGGAAAGCUUUCGAAUUCUGCAAAACCAAUCGCAAGGAUCUAAUCAGCAUUGAAACAGCAAAAGAGCAAGCAGACAUUGAAAGUUUCUUAAUGCCUUUUAUCCUAGAAGACCAAGUCGCUCAGAAAACCGGAGGUGUCUGGACGUCAGGGACACAAGUUCCAGCAUUAGAUACUUACUACUGGGCAUCUAAACAGACAGUCUUCUCUUUCGCCAACUGGGUCUAUGGUGAGCCCAACAGUGAUGGAACCCCUCAGUGUGUUCGCAUCACGCUUACACCAGAAGGUACCUGGGCCACCGCGUCAUGCAAAGAAGCACACCUACCAUUCAUUUGCCAAGAUUAA